AUGUCCACCUCUGACAUGGAAAAUGUGGAUGAAAACAAGAGUAGUGAUCAUCAGAACAGAAAACAUGGCCCUCUACCUUUGGCUGAGAUUUCAGUUUAUUGGGUUGUGUGGAUUUCUUUGUUAUCAUGUGCCAUGUACAGCAUUUACAAAGCUUCUGAAGGUGACCAAAGCAUAGCUUAAAAUAGUUCUGUUGCUAAGAAGUACAUUUGUUCAGAGAUGGACAUGACAUUUAUUUCAUUAUAUUUCUAUAAUUUAGGAAACCAAACAACUCAGGCAUUCAUUGCUGUAGAAAAUACCCAGCAUAACCCUUCAGUAAUUUUAGAGGGAAGAAUUAUUUGAAACCAUUAUUACUUAAAGGCAUUUGAUGAAAUAAAAAUACAAUUUCUCUGGAAUUAUGUGUACUUCAUUUGGCCUUUUUGGUCGAUAUACUUGAUGCAUUAAUUUACAUCUUGACCAAUAAUUGACCAAUAUGCUGACUCGUAGUCAGCCAAUAUGUGGCCAGUAGUAGAGCAAUGGUCCGCUGAUAUUUGACCAACAUUAGUAGACAUCUCAACUGAGACAUCAAGGGACUUGAGUAUCAGUUGAGCAUCUGUCAGCCACUGGCCAACUGACUGUGGGCCUGAGCUACUAAUGAGAAGUCUUCUUUUUAUGAUAAAAGUUUUAAAUUUUUCCUAUAUAUUUUUUUUAUCUCAGUCAUGUUUGAAAGCAAGAGAAUUAAAGCUUCUAGACAACCUUUAACUAGUUUUGAUGAUUUCAUGUGUUGAAAUCCAAACUGAAGGAGCCAAUGGUGGUCUUUCUCAAGCAAGAUAUCAAUUUUUUUUUGAAAUAACUAUCUUACGAUUCAAUGGCUCUGAGAAAUCAUAAACUCCAUAAACUCUUGAGUGGCAAUUAAAAAGAUUUUCUCUCAAAUCUUUACAGACUAUAAAGAUGAGAUUUAUGCAGAUGACCUACAGGAGGGAUGGAAAUUUAUUGGAAGAAAAAAGGUUAGACAUCCCAGUUAUUAAUACUUGGCCUGAUUAUCAACCACUGGCACAGUCCAUCAUGGGAAUGAGUCAUCAGUGACAAAAAACUAAAAACCGCAUGAACUUCUUUUCCCAGUGUUAAUCAGACAAUAUUUAUUUUUUGUCACUGAUUAUUUCUGAUGUGCGUACUACAGACCAGGCUGAGAAAUUGAGCCUUCUCCCUGUUUAGUUCUUCUUACACUGUCUAUACGUCAUCUAGAAAACAUGUAGAUUGUUGUAGUGAUGUAACACCAAAUUCUCUUAACAAAUUUACAAGAAAAUGUGUAGCAGCUGGGAGGGAGAAUUAGAAAUUAGAUUUUGGGAGUUAAAGGACUGAUAAGUUUUGUAUCUUUUCUGUCUGUGCUCCUUCCAUUUGUUUAGGGAAUGUUGUAUGAUCUGCUAAUUUUUUUGCUUGUUUGCUUUAUUGUUGGCAGGAUGUGACUGAUUUUGAGUGGGAAUUUUGGAUAAGUGCAAUAAAAUCCUUGAUGCCUGCCAUGUUGGUUCACAUGCUUGGAGGACUCUUUUUCUCAAGAUUUAUUCCACAGGUGAAAUGUGAAAGAGCUCUUUUUUUUUCUUGAAUCUACUCAAUCUCAUGGAAAUGAAAUUUAAUUUUUACCAAGUCUAGUAGCAAUUUCCCAGAUGAAAAAGCCACAUCAUGGAAUUUCAGUAGUAUUUUUCACUUUACCUUCAGUAUUAGGGAAACCUUAAAAUAUCAGUGUGAUAUCAGGAAAAUUAAACAAAAAGGAAUGAGAAGGGCUGAGAAUUGCCAAGAUUAGCACAGAUGUGUUAAUCAUGAACUUUAAAAGAAAAUUUGCUUAAUUUUUCAAGAUGCAUAAACAAUGUUGAGCUUCUUGGAACAAGUUAACAGAGAACACCCAGUUCAUAACCUUUUAUUUUCUAUUAUUCAUGAAAGUAGAGGUGAGCAGUACUUGCUAAUCAUUUCUGAACAAGCCAAUCAGUGCGUGCAAAAAGCACUAUUCAUCUGUGUGGUGUAUGCUCAUGAACAACUACUCAUUGAAGGGGAGCUGGCUAGUGGUGGAUAUUAGGGACCUUUAGCUCUCAGAACAGCAAUGCCAAGGGAGAUGUCAAUUAAAAAAUGAUUCAUGUUUCUUGUUAGAAUUUUGCAAAUGGCUGGAUGUGUUUACUGUCUCUUAUGGCAUCAUACCUCAAUUUCUGCAUAAUGUAUGUGAGCAGUGUUGAUUAUUCAAAUGGAAACUUAAUAAAUUUGCUGUCAUGGUUUCUGUUAUCAGUCUGAGAAAACUUAAAUUUUGGUUAUUUCAUGUUGUUGUUUUGCAGAGGACGGCUAAGAAAUGUACAAAGUUUUAAAACACUUGCGCUCAACUGUUGUUAUGCCCAAUAGAUCUCCUGUUUUGCCAUGCCUGUGUUGCCAUCGCAGACGUGGUUUGCUUGAGGUCCCUACCUCCUCAACUGCCACUUUCCUCUUUCACCAAAGGGUGUGUUGGAGAGGUUGUAAUUUAUAUAGAAUUAACUAAUGUGUUUGUCUUUAUCUUUUUAGCUCAAACCACUGUAUUGCCUUGCCUUUGCCUUAUCAUUUCUACUUUAUAUCACCAGCCUCAAACCAGUUUUGUUCAUGGUUGGACAUUGCCUGCUUGUUUAUGCCUCUUGUUUCAUGUUCAAGUCAAUCAUUGCCAUGUGGAUCUGCUCUCUUGGUAUUGUUCUCUCUCUACAGAUACACUCAGUAAGAAUGUGGCAGGUAAGAAACUUCAGAUCAAUGUCAGUAUCUGAGUAAAUGCAUACUUACCCCUCCCCUGACCCAACAUAAAUUCUAACUAUUUAUCAGUUGACUUGGUUACUGGGUCAGGGGAGGGGUAAGUGUGCAGUUGCUCAGACAAGGACAUUGAUCUGUAAAUUCAAAUGUCUGUGUCUAAUUUUUGUUGUUAUGUUAAUUUGGGUCUUGUUGAUGGUGUUGGAGCUGUCCAGUUUCUUUCAAACAAUUUAUUUUUCAAGUAUAAUUUUAUAAUGAUUUAAGAGAAUCAGAGCUCAUGGUCUCACGGGUAAUUUUAAUAAGACUGUUUGAAAGAUGACGCGGGAAACGGAGAAAUCUGACAGCAAACAAACUUGAAGUUUCUAUUCUCGAGGGUAGUGUAUACACAUCAACAAGGUUGAAAGCGUGCGCCCUGUGUGGAGUUAGGAAAGAAAAGUGUCGCAAAUUUUUCUUCAUUUUGAUUUGUAACGAGAAAUUUCUUCCUUAUUUUCGUUUCUCCAGAUUAAUCCUCUGAGUCCAAUCGGAGAGAUAAAAAAUUUUACAUUAUUUGUAUGCAUGAUGGGAAAUCUCCGCUGCAUAAGCUUUGGAAUGGAAUAUUGCUGGCGAUCACGUGAGAUGGAAAAAGACAAACCCCUAAAGCAGUAUUCGCUUAUAGACCUGCUGGUCUAUAACUUUUAUUUGCCGUUAUUUGCCAAUGGUCCUGUUGUCGACUUCGAUACUUUUCAGAGGACAGUAAGUGGUUUUUGUUAAUUGUAAUACAAGUCCUAAAGCCUUUGUUUAUACAUUGAUUACCAGCACAACGCUCCUGCUUAAUAGAAUCGAUUCUCUAGAUUACCUCGCCAGCCUGUUGUUCCUAGAGCCCGUGCCCUUCAAAGUUGUCUUAUUGGCUUCAAACUUAAACCUUGGUAUGACUUGCUGAGUUAUACUGUUCUGCAUUCUAGCAUUUUCAGUUUGUCCUGUAACCUAAUUAUGUUUUGCUCUUAAACCGCUUUUCAAUCAGGUGUCUUUAAACCAAACCACUUGUAGCAAUGCUGUGGUUUUCUAUAAAAGGGUGCAAGUACUUCUGUAUGGCAUCUUUAUACAGUUUAUUUACAUUUUUAUGUUUCUCAUACAUGCAUUCUCGUAUUCCGUAGUUUUAUCAACCGUACAGGCCGUUUACUAGAGAAGAGGUAAAAUCCCUUCUAUGGGGAACAGCACGCACCCUAUUCUGGUACUUUUUCCUAGAGUGCUAUUUACACUUUAUCUACUCGACGGCCUUUACUCAAGACCCUCGCUUAUUUAGUGCCUUGGACAAUUGGGCCCUGUGUGGGAUCAUGUACUCUCAGCUACACAUCUUUCUUGUUAAGUACAAGGUGUUCUACCGCUGUACAACCUUGCUGGCGGAGGUCGAUAGAAUCGAAGUUCCUUUACUUCCCAGAUGUGUCACGACACUAUACCUCUUUACUGAUAUGUGGAAGUAAGUAGCUUUGUGUCCUUUCGCCACUUCGCUCUCACGACUGGGAAAUUGAAUACUUUUGAGUGUGAAGGCUUCACAGGACAGCAAGCAUGAGAACGACAGAAAGGGGAGAGGUGCGUCACACGCGUGACACGAUAGAAAGCACACUACACGAUUGUGUACAGCAGGUAUAGAGCGCGCUCUUGGUGGAGAUUAUCAAAGAAGAUUAACACUUUUCCAGAAUGGAAUACCAUGGCGAAUGUAACACUCAUUUAGAACAGUGCGCAGAAAUUGCGAAUUAAGUCGAGGAAGCAGAUUGUUUUCCUGCUCAACUUUCCGUAAAUUUAUUAAUGACACCAUCAUUCUUACACUGUGAUUUUUCACGGUUUCUUUAUCGGCUUCAAAUUUUCAGAUUUAAUAAUCAGUUACAAACUUUUUCGCUCAUCCUUCACCUGGAGGCAACGGUUUGGAUUGUCGGUGAGAAACUGAAAGUAGCUCUUGAAUAAAGAGAAGAGAUUAAAAUUUUACCAAUCCAGCGUUCCAAUCGGUAAAUCUUGGAGCUAUGCAGAAACAAACCAUGAGAACAGACCCAAAAUUUCCCCAUCCUUUGACUUUACUACUACUGAUAGGGGAAUCGUCUAAAUCUCGUAGAAACAAACCAUCUCUCAAGAGUAUUCUAUAAUUACAAUGUAAUGGUUUCACAAUGUCUUCCGUUUUGUUCAACUUCACAGAUACUUCGACAGGGGUCUUAAUUUCUGGAUGAAAAGGUCAGUAAUUUUCUAUUGAACGUCCAUAUUCAAGUACUGAUAAUCAAGCUGCACUAUUAAGUGUCAGAGCAGAUGAAGGAAGGAAAGCAGAAUGGCCGAGUGGUUAGGGCGCCGGGCUUGUAAUCUGGUGGUUCCAGGUUCAUGCCCUCCACCCCGUCACUCACUGGAUUGUUCUCAGUUGCCCCGUGCUCGAUGCUUUGGCUGCGCUUUGGGAUUUACAAACACGGUGUUCAUGUACGUCACUAAUUUGUUUGUAUUGACUGAAAAGCUCCAUUGGGGGAGCGGUCAGUGAAUGUUAUUAUUAUUAUUAUUAUGAUUAUGUUAAAAAUCUGACAUACGAUAAGGUUGUUGUCGUGGGUUUGAAGGACCUUCAUUAGCUAGCUUUCUUUGUCAUUCUCAACUUAAGCUUCGUCGCUGAUGAAUAAAGCGAGCGCGGUUGUCAAUGAAAGAUUGUCAAAAUAGAUGCUGCUUUCACUGUGCAUCGUGUGUAUUGAUAGGCAUUCUAUGGUUUGUUGCAGAUAUAUUUACAUACCUCUGGGAGGGUCCCGCACAGGUGUUUUUCGUCAAAUUGUAGCUUCGUUUUCCGCUUUUGCCUUUAUAUGGCUGUGGCAUGGCGCGCAUGCGCACACGGUAUGGUGGUUCAUCCCUAAUUGGAUUGGAGUUGUGGUAGAAUCUAUGGCAGGCAUUGUGUUAAAGCUUCCUUCUGUCAGACGAUUGGAGGUGGGUAUAUUUGCGUUCGAAUGAAAUCUCGAUUAAAGUGAUUACUUCAAGCUUCUUUUGAAAACGGUCCAAUUCCACUUGGAAGAGGGUCUCAAUUGGGCGAUGGCUUUUACGGCUAAUGGUUAAUAUCUUUCUAUUGUGGUCACGAGAAAUUUUUUUACGGUUAACUUUUGACCGUUAUGACUAUCGGUUGUGUGAAUUUUUUACGCCUAACGUCUAAAUGUUAUGGCCGCUUAUCAGUUGGGACCCUUUUGGAAACCCAUUAGUACUCAGUUACAGAGCUGCUCCUGUUCACUGGAUGGUACCGUAGCGUGAAGUGCCAGUAAGGGCUUGUCAUAAUGCAACGUAAUAAAAAUGCUGUAUGUCUGUUCCAGCAUCAGUAAAAUUAAUUUCAUGGAUAGUCUUAACUUGCUAUCUUCAGACGCGAUUCUCUAUCGGUUAUCAUACCCAAUGGCCUCCAUCGCGGCUGUUAUAACACAUUUCAUGCUUUUAGUUCCAGCCGUUUGGUUUCUUUCCUUUUCAGGACAAGCUUUCUCCAGCAGCAUCCCGCCGAAUUCGCGCCAUGUUUGGUGUUGUGACUGUGUCCUGCUUGAUUCUAAGUAACCUAGUGUUUUUGAGUGGAUCCGAACCCAUUUGGUUUUACAUCAAGAGAAUGUUAUAUUUCGGUAUGUUCAAAAAAAAAAACAUAGUAAACUUCUCUUUAAUGUUAUAAUUAUUGCCUAAUUUGCUGUUUAAAUCUAGUAUCUUAAGCUAAAUUUUCCGAGAUAAUCAUGGUUUUUGGUCCGUGACAUAAAGAAUUAGGAAAAAGUUUCGUUGCCGUUCCCGUUCUUUAGGAUUCGAAACAUUUGGUUUUUGUUGUGCUGCGUAAGACGACAAAAUUUGCUAAGGGGACAGGGGAUACGGCAAGCGAUGUGGUCCUUAUACGGUACUUUGAUAACUGAAAACUCUCGUGUUAUUUCAUGUAGCCUAAUUGUAAUUUCUUUUUCUUUAGGUUGGCCCUCGUCAACUCUUCUGAUACUUUUCACCAUGUACCUCGUUGUACAAACAAAUAUGGAACUCAACCGACACAUAUCCAAGUGGUGAUGGAACUAAUUUUGAAUGAAACUUAUGGUUAUCGGGGAAUGGUGUUUUUGCGUCUUGUCACGAGCGUGAAACAAAGAAAAAAAAUCUGAGUCCCCAUGAGGAAUCGAACCUCAGACCUUCGAAUACCGCACUGCGAUGCUCUACCACUGAGUCACAGAGACUCUGCGGUGAGCGAGGUCUAUUAUGAAGGUCGUAUGACACGCGUCCUGCAUAUUGCUAGGAUCAGCAUGUGUCGAUAACAUCAUGUUUGUAAAUAGAUUAAGAGAGAUGGUAAGUUUUUAGCUCGACAAAAAGAAACAGAGAAGUUAUUAUGGUUAUUAAUGAUUCAAAAACAUAGUAUGAUUUGUUAUGAUAAAUUGAUGACAGAAAAUAUAACUUCUCGUAUGUUAUUGUUUCAUGCUUAGAAACAGUGACAUUAACAUUUUGGAAAAUUUAUUCUGGAAAACCUAUGAAAUAGGAAUGAAUAAAGUACUGUAUACUUCGUGAUUAUUUUUUUUUUAGCAAAGCAAAAGCAAACCUCUGGCCAUUCCCCGCAAGGUUUAGAAGUGUUACACUCGUUUUGGUGAAGCACAGUUCUCAAUAUUAGAGGGCCUUAAGUUCAUUAUAUUAAUUUCUAACGCUUGUUUACGGUUUGUUUAAGAGGAAAGUGAUUUAAUUGGUUAUGGAUUAAGUCCAUUUUUUCACGUAGUGUCGUUUCGAUGGCCCACUUCGUUGGUUGUCUUCUGGUUAGUUUUCAUACAAUCGUCUGUAUCUUCUCGCUAUUAUUCAGUAAAGCAGU